ACUGAAACAGCGAAAACUCGACUCAUUCCUCCGGAAGUUUCCCACAUUCCGGAUGCAUUUCACUUGAAAAUCGACAUUUUAAUCAACAUUGAAGUUAUUUUUAUUGCUUAAUCCCCAGUGAGCGAGUGGUUGUGUUUAGAAUCAUGUCCAUCGAGGCGGAAGUGCGUACGAUUCUAUCCCGUGCUCUGGACGCGGACGAAGCUGGCCAGAAGGAGCUGGCUAUCGAAUGGUACGGCAAAGCGGUGGAGACUAUUCUUCGUAUCGAGGACCGUGAGAAGCGGGAAAAGUUGAAUAAAUUCGCCAAACAGGCGUUGGAUCGAGCAGAAGAGCUGAAAGGAAUCAAGUACGUUCCGCCGAAGGAUCUGAAGGUGCCACAGCCGGGAACGUCCACAGCUCAUCCGGUGCGAAGCAGUGCCGGUUCCACCCACAGUCCGCUUCAUAGCCCAAGGUUGGAAAUCAGUGGAUCCGGGCAUGCCUACACGAGUGAGGAAAAAAAGGUAUUGGAGUACACGUCCCACAUCAACUCAAAGGUCUACGUUCCGUUCAUGGAUAUCGAUUUGAUGGAGAAGUUCAAUUUUCCCAUUCCGUUUACCGAUAAGGAUGGUUUGCUGGAGUUGGCCCCAAAGCAAAAGCGAGACUUUGUGCAGUGGAUUCGGGUCAGUGAGCUGAGCGAGCAUCCGCAGCUGAUUGCCGGGGAGCAUGCGGAUUUCUACAGCAUCCGGCAGACGGUAGUGUCGGAUUGUAGCUUCGUGGCGUCGCUGGCGGUGGCUUCUUUGUACGAGAAAAAGUUCAAGCGGAGGAUUCUGACGUCGAUUAUCUAUCCGCGAAACAGCCGAGACGAACCGAUCUACAAUCCGAGCGGAAAGUACACGAUCCGGAUGCACGUCAAUGGCAUUCCGAGGAAGGUUGUGAUUGAUGAUUAUCUACCACUGGGAAGGUACAACCAGUUGCUGUGUUCGUAUUCGAGUAACAAGAACGAAUUCUGGGUUUCGCUGCUGGAGAAGGCCUAUAUGAAGCUGAUGGGAGGAUAUGAUUUUCCGGGGUCGAAUAGUAACAUCGAUCUUCAUGCUUUGACGGGUUGGAUUCCAGAACGAGCUUCUAUUCGGACGAAGGAUCCAGACUUCAAUGCAGAUGCAGUGUUCAACCGAUUAAAGGAAGGGCUCAGCGCUGGGCGUUGCCUGGUGACGGUGGCCACCGGUGAGCUUACGGAUGCUGAAGCCGAACGUACAGGGCUGGUAUCGACCCACGCUUAUGCCGUGCUGGAUAUGCAGGAAAUUGAUGGAGUGAAGUUGCUUCAACUGAAGAAUCCCUGGUCUCAUCUACGUUGGCGGGGCAACUAUUCCGAACUGGAUGCGGUCCACUGGACGCCGGAGUUGCAGCAGCAGUUGAACUACGAUCCCAAAUUGGCAGCAAAUUACGACAACGGUGUAUUCUGGAUCGAUUACAAUUCGAUUUUGAACUUCUUCGACGUGUUCUACUUGAACUGGGAUCCGGCCCUUUUUCAGUACACUUACAGCAUUCAUCAGUCGUGGAGUGCCGGCGUGGGGCCUACGAAGGACGCCUAUAAUGUCGGGGAUAAUCCACAGUUCAGCUUGACCGUCCCGGCAGGGAAGGGAUCGGUUUGGAUCCUGUUGACGAGACACAUCACAUCGAUUGAGGAUUUCAGGGAGAACCGGGAGUACAUCACGGUUUUGGUGUAUAAAAACAAUGGAAAGCGGGUUUACUAUCCUUCGGACCCACCUCCAUACAUCGACGGAGUCCGAAUCAAUAGUCCGCAUUACCUGUGCAAAAUCCGAUUGGACCCGAACUCCGUCCGGAAGUACACUCUUGUGAUAUCGCAGUAUGAAAAAACGGCAACGAUUUAUUACUCGUUGAGGGCCUACUGUCGAGACAAGUUCGAGCUGAAGAAGAUUGAUAACCAGUUCCAGAUGGUUGAAAAUAUCAACGGUGAAUGGAAGGACCGCACGGCUGGUGGGUGCCCGAAUCAUCCGCUGACCUACAAGAACAACCCCCUCUACCGGAUGCACAUUGGCCCAAAGGACUCCAGUCACUUAGUCGUCGAACUUCGUGGUCCCAAAGUCUACCAGGUGGGGCUGGAGUUGACCGUGGUUUCGCUGGAAGACCCCGAUGUAACUGCCCCCUUCAUAUCUCAAAGCACCGGCAACUAUCGGUCCGGGUUCUGUGUGCUCGACCUGGAAGCCAUCCCUGCCGGAGUCUACCAGCUGCGUCCGUCCACGUUUCUACCGGAGCAGGAAUCGCCGUUCUUUCUCAAGUUCAAGUCGACAACGAAUUUGGUUAUCGAAAAGAUGAAUUAGGAGAGUUUUUGGGUAAUUGUUGAUGUUUUUUUAAUCAUUGUGAUGGCUUUGUUGAAAGCUUUUUAAGCGAUAAAAAAGUGGAUAUGUUACUUAUUGUACAUCUUUUUUAUCAU